AUGAACUCUGAGAAGUUCAAUAAGCUCAUGAAGGCGAUUCAUGAAGCAGAGCUGCGAGAUACUAAAUACAAGGGUUUUAGCCAUGGCCUCUUCUGCUCAAGCGUCCGCUACGACUCCGCCACCCUCGGCCCGCCCGCCAAAGUCUCCUUCCUCCUAAAAGUCACAGAUCCCUUCUGCAACAAAACCAAGCAACUGCACGGCGGCUGCGCCUCUACCUUGAUCGACGUAACUUCAACGGGACUGCUAAUCGGCCUCUCCAGGCCUGGCCUUUUCUCCCGCGGAGGUGUCACACGCACGUUGCAUGUCAAGUUCUUGCGGCCAGUGCCGGUGGGCAUGGAGGUACGGGUUGUCAAUGAGCUGGUACAUGCGGGGAAGAGGUUGGCGUUGGUCCGACCGGAGAUUAGGAGGGCGGAUACGGGGGAGCUUUGUGUUGUUGGGGAACAUGAUAAGGUUAACACGGAUCCUGGGGUGAAGAGUUUGUGA